AUGAAGCCAUCGACGGCGCUCGUCGCGGCGCUCGCGCUGCCGGUUUGCAGCGCCUUUGGCCUCACUGGCCACGGCGGCCGGCCCGCUCAGAUCGUCUAUGAGCCGGAGAAGCGCGAGCUCCUCCAGGACAUCGUCACUUGGGACAACCAGUCGCUCUUCAUCCACGGAGAGCGCGCCAUGAUGUUCUCGGGCGAAUUCCACCCCUUCCGGCUCCCAGUGCCAUCCCUGUACCUUGACAUCUUCCAAAAGAUCAAGGCGCUUGGCUUCAACAUGGUGUCGUUUUACGUCGACUGGGCGCUUCUCGAGGGCAAGCCAGGCCAGUUCCGCGCCGACGGCGUCUUCUCCCUCGAGCCCUUCUUUGAAGCCGCCACCGAGGCCGGCAUCUACCUCCUCGCCCGGCCCGGGCCUUACAUCAACGCCGAGGUGUCAGGCGGCGGUUUCCCCGGCUGGCUUCAGAGAAUCAAGGGCGUGCUGCGGACCGAUGCCGGUGACUACCUCAGCUCGACGGACAACUACAUGGCUGAGAUAUGCGCUAUCAUUGCUAAGCAUCAAAUCACCCGGGGUGGACCUGUGGUCUUGUUCCAGCCGGAGAACGAGUAUAGCUACGGCUACAACAUCCCGUUUCCCAACGGCAAGUAUUUUCAAUAUGUCAUCGACCAGGCCCGAAAGGCGGGCAUUGUCGUCCCGAUGAUCAACAACGACGUGGGCCCGUCAGGCAACUAUGCUCCGGGCAGCGGCGUGGGCGCGGUGGACAUUUACGGACAUGAUAGCUACCCUCUUGGCUUCGAUUGUGCGAACCCAACCACAUGGCCUCCGUCUCGCCUGCCAACCAACUUCCGACAGCUCCAUGUGAAGCAGAGUCCGAGCACGCCCUUUUCACUCGUCGAGUUCCAAGGCGGGUCUUUCGAUCCAUGGGGUGGCUAUGGCUCCGAGAAAUGCUCCGCCCUUAUCAACCACGAGUUUGAGCGAGUCUUUUACAAGAACAACUUUGCGGCUGGCGUGACCAUUUUCAACCUAUACAUGAUCUUUGGCGGUACUAAUUGGGGCAAUCUCGGACAUCCAGGGGGUUACACCUCGUAUGACUACGGCGCAUGCAUCCGAGAAAACGGCGUGAUUGAUCGCGAAAAGUACUCGGAGCUCAAGCUCGAAGCCCAAUUCCUCAAAGUCUCGCCGGGAUACCUCGUCGCCACGCCCGGAGGCCCAACCACGGACACAUACAGCACCAACAAGAACAUCACCGUGACGCCGCUGCUCGCCGCCGCCAACACGGGAAAUUUCUUCGUCGUCCGGCACACCGAUUACGCCAGGACAAAGCCUGCGUCGUACACGCUGCGGCUGCCCACAUCGGCGGGGACGCUCGCCAUCCCGCAGAGCGGCGGCGCGCUGACCCUGAAUGGCCGCGACUCCAAGAUCCACGUCACCGACUACCCCAUCGGCGGGGGCCAUGUGCUGCUCUACUCGACAGCCGAGGUCUUUACGUGGAAGAGGUUUGCGGAUAGGUCUGUGCUCGUGUUGUACGGGGGGCCGGGGGAGACGCACGAGUUUGCCUUGCCGGGUGACGAUCAUCGCGUGACACGGCUCGAGGGCGACAGCUACUCGCUGCAAGCCAUCGAUGGCGUGGCUUUGGUUGUCAAGUGGGAGGCGUCGCCGGGCCGCCAGGUCAUCCAGGUCGACGACCUCUUUGUCUACAUGCUCGACCGCAACUCGGCGUACAACUACUGGAUCCCCGUACUCCCCAAGAACGGCAGCGCCUACGGCAGCUCCCUGAUGAGCCCUGAGGCCGUCAUCGUCAACGGCGGCUACCUCAUCCGCUCCGCCUCGGUCAACGGCUCCACGCUCUCCCUUGAAGCCGACUUCAACACGUCGACGACGCUCGAGGUCAUUGGCGCCCCAAAGGGCGUUUCACAGCUCCAUGUCAAUGGCAAGAAUCUUGCCUACACCAAGUCCUCGCUGGGCGACUGGAUCUCCACGCCCGACAUCGCCAUCCCCAAGCUCGUCGUCCCGGACCUCUCGACGCUCGACUGGCGCCGCAUCGACUCGCUGCCCGAGAUCCAGUCCGGCUACGACGACUCGGCCUGGCCGCUCGCCAACCACGCCACGUCCAACAACACCGCCGCCCCGCUCAAGACGCCCGUGUCGCUGUAUGGCUCCGACUACGGCUUCCACACGGGCACCCUCGUUUUCCGCGGGCACUUCACCGCCGGGGGCAGCGAGUCGCGGCUCAGGAUUCGGACGGCGGGGGGGAGCGCCUUUGCGAGUGCCGUCUGGCUCAACGGCACUUUUCUCGGAUCCUUCAAAAACCCAGCCGUCGCCGACGACACCGACUCGACGUACAGCGUCCCCGCCCUGCGCCGCGGCGAGCACUACGUUCUGACCGUCGUCGUCGACACCAUGGGCCUCAACGAGAAUUUCAACUCGGGCUUCGACACCAUGAAGGCCCCGCGCGGCAUCCUCGACUACGCCCUGCUCUCCGGGAACUCCUCCGCCAACGCUACCGCCGCCACCACCACCACCACCACCAUCAUCUCCCCCUGGAAGCUGACAGGCAACCUCGGCGGCGAAGACUACGCCGACACUUUCCGCGGCCCGCUCAACGAGGGGGGCCUCUUCUUCGAGCGCCAGGGCUACCACCUCCCCGCCCCACCGCUCGACGCCUUCGUCCGCGGCUCAUCCCCCCUUGCCGGCCUUGACGGGCCCGGAAUCGCCUACUACGUCGCCCCGCUGGCCCUCGACUACCCGUCCGACGCCUACGACAUCCCGCUGUCCUUUGUAUUCGACAAGGACCAGGGCGGAAACCAGACGACGGCCGACUACCGCGCCACGCUCUUCGUCAACGGCUUCCAGUACGGCAAGUACGCCAGCAACAUCGGUCCACAGACCGAGUUUCCUGUGCCCGAAGGAAUCCUCGAAUACAAGGGCCAAAACUGGAUCGGCCUCGCCGUCUGGGCGCUCGACAAGGCCGGCGCAAAGGUCCCAGGCCUCAGGCUUAAGGUCGGCACUGCCGUGCAGACGAGUAGGCAAAAGGUGGACACGGUCAACGGGACGCCAUACGUCAAAAGAGAUCACGCGUACUAG